AUGAAUGUAAAAAACGGAAUCGGAACUAUAGGAACUAUAGAAACUGUGAAUGAGUUGGUUGCUGGAUCAAAGAAAGAGGGUUCUUAUUUACAAGCUGAUGAUGAUAAAGAUCCUGUAUCAACUGGUAACAUAAAUGGUUCAAAAAAGCGUAAUAGGAAGUCAUCUAAAGAAGAAGAAAAGUCCGACAUAUUAGAAAAAGUUGAAUAUCAGGAUGAACCGGCUGCAAAAAAAAGUAGGCAGAAGGAAACUAACAGUACUAAACGUACAUAUGUGUUGAAAUGGAAUUUAUAUGAGGAUUUGAAACAAAUAGUUGUGGAGUGGACCAUUGAUGAUACGAACAUAAGUGAUUCAUUUUUCCGUUUUAAGGGUUAUGCUGAAUCCAAAGCAGAUAGACGUGAAUUGACAUUCUCAAAGCAUCCUGGCGAAAUUCUCGCUCUUAAUUCUAUACUCCUUUUAGAGGAAAACUCUGUCCGUGUACACUUGGAUAUUUCAUCAGCCAUUCGCACAAAGAUUUUUGAGCAAAUGAGGGCAAUAUACCCGAGACACGAUUUGCCGAAAGUGGUUGAAGAAAUAUGUCGUCGAUGUGCUCGAAUUGCCCGAAAACAGACAAGAGAGGCUUUAGAAGAAGAAAUUGACAAUGCUUAUAAUGAUUUAAGGACGAACUUGAGUUCAUCCGAUAAAAAAUUGUUGAGAACUAGUCAGAAUGUUUGGAAUCACAUAGAAUUCGUGAACAAGUUUGAUAGUCCUCAAACAAUAGAAGAUACCCACAUACAUCAUUCAAUACAUCCUUUUUUACGUCCAUUUUUCCCCGACGGACCGGAUAGGACAAUUGAUUGGGCAAACAAGUUGUCGUUCGUAAGCGCAUCUAGGAAAACAAAUGGCGAUGACGAAGGUGAAAGACAUAAACCCGACUUCACAAUCACAGUUAAUAAAAGAAGUGGCAAAUUUGAAAUUGUAUUUGGGCUAUUCAAAUCGCCUUACAAAAGUAGCUCUCAUUUCGCAAAUGUUGAUUUAGUGGAUUUAGGAGUGUUAAUGAAAGACUCACUAGAUAACAUGUAUAAAGAGAAAUGUCUUGAAUUAGAUAUGACUGUAUUUGGAAUUCAUGCAUUUGGUUAUAAUGUCCGUAUAUAUGCUAUGGACCUUUCAUAUGAUGCUGUAUACAGAAUGUAUUUGAUAGGAGAAUUUGAAAUGCCAAAAAGUAAUAUUAGCCUGUGUUUGGUUGAAAAUGUGUUACAAGAAGUAGGAAAUUUGAAGAAUUUCGUAGAAGAAUAUAUUGAGAGACUUCCAUCCUACACCACUAAUAAUGACAACAUUAUAAAAACUCCAACCGAAAAGAUGAGAAUGAUUAGGAGAACGGUAGCAACUCCUCGCAAGGUAGAGUUGAAGUUAGGCAAUGUGUAA